AUGGAGAAAAAAAAAUCUACAUUAACUACACUACCUGCUAUAGAAACUCUUCAAAGAAAUGUUAAGAGUGUCCCAACUUUUUAUAACAGAAAGCCUAGAGAGGUGCCUUUUCACUUGCCUCACAAGAAACUUGUGGAAAGAAUUGAAUAUAUAGAAAAAGAACCAGAGCCUUUGACUGGAUUUACAGCAGCACAAGGAAAAAGAUUUCAGAAAGAGAGAAAAAUUGGCAAGCUACAGUUAGAGCCAAUUAAAUUAGAUGGUUCUAAAGACAAAAAAAAGAAAAUCACAAUCCGUGAGUCACAUAGUAGCUCUGAAAUUAACAAGCGAGAUGAGGGAACAAGUGAUCCUUUAAAGAUUAAACCUGAAGUAGCAUCUCAAAAAGAAGUUAUUAAACAAGUUCGUAAUGAUCCCACAAAUGGAUUUCUAUACAUGAUUUAUGCUGUUCAUCCACAGAAUGUAUAUUUUACACCAUAUUAUUUGAAGGUAGUUCCAUAUGAGCAAAUAGAUAAAAAGAAUUUUCUUACAAUUAGUUCCUGUGGUGUAACACAUUAUACCAAUGAAAUGGUUUUUACAAAACUAUCAGAAUGGGAGCAGGAAUAUACCAUAUUUGUUCAAUUAACUGAUAUUAAAUUUUUCCGUGUCUAUCGUUAUUGGAAAGCGUUCUACGUAUGGAGAAAGUCAAUAUUAUUUCGUAAAUAUAGCAAAACAAGAACUAAAAUUGCUAAACGACUUUUUAUUCUUACUCCAGUGUUCGGUAAAGCACUAUUAAGUAUUCAAGCUAUGUGUUGUGAUAUGUACAUGAAAAGCUUCGCUGAUGUCUCCAGAGAUAUGGAUACUGCUUUCUUUUAUUUUAUAGAAGUUCAGGCAAGUUAUACAAAAUUU